UUGGGAUGGGCUUACUUUGGGCGUGGCAAAGAAAAACAUGGCCGCCAUUAGGAUAGCAGUAUCAAGCUCUCUAUAUCGCUACCUCUCUCCUGCAUUUGCUUCUGGUGUCAGCUUAAGAAAGCUAAGCAACCAAUCUGUCCACUAUGAUUCAAAGUACUUCGAAAAACUUGUAAAAGAUAAGAAGGUUGUCCUCUUUAUGAAAGGAAAUCCAUCAGCUCCAAUGUGUGGAUUCAGUCGACUGGUUGUACAAAUAUUACACAUGCAUGGUGUUGAUGGCUAUGAUCAUCACGACGUACUUCAAGAUGUCGACUUUAAGGAAAAAUUCAAAGAAUGGUCAGAAUGGCCGACAUUCCCCCAGCUGUAUUUAAAUGGAGAGCUGGUGGGUGGAGCUGAUAUAGUCCUCCAGCUGCAUCAGAACGGAGAGCUAGUGGAAGAACUCGAAAAGAUAGGACACUGCUCGGCGCUCCUUGAUAAAUAACGAAAAUUAAAAUUGAUAUCAAAAAAGACCUUGUCAUUCACGUCAUUGUUAAUUGUUACACGUCUGUUGUGCGAUAAUUAUUUAUUUUAAUAUAAAUUGUAUCUAAUAUGUAUUUGGUAAUGAAACAUGUACAUAUUGAAGGAAA